AUGAAGUUUAUGCCGAAUCGCGAUCUCGACACUGUCACUUCCUCCCUGAACUUCAGUACACCGGACCUGCACGUCGUCGGAGGGUGCGAUUUAUACACCACCAAGGCAGCAGGAGGGGACAAGAAACUAUACAAGAACAUUGAGAAUGGCCUCGAAGCGCAAUACAAAUCCAACCUCCAGUUCUCCAAGUCUCUUUCACCGCCACAGAAGCACAUGGUGGCCUCGUCCCUGAACCUGAGUCGAAGCAGUCCGUUCGGGAAUUUGGGAAUGAUCAGCUCGAGAAGAACAUACGCAUAUCUCAUUGCGACCCUGAACGCCAGUCACCCGCAUUAUGACUUCUCGCAUGUCCUGCGACCGACGGAUUUCAAACGGGAAAAGAGCUUGCGGCAUGUCUUGAACACGAUUGACACGACAAUGUACAAUCUCCGUCCGAGGCCUUUGAGCACUUUUGCUAAGGACGCUGGUGGGGUCUCAGCUGAACAGCCUUAUUGGGGUCCUGCGAUGUGGAGACUCAUUGACCAGCAGAUGAGCUUGCGUGAGUGCGCGGUGUACCGCUAUGCACCUGAAGAUAUCGACCCGUUUGAGGACGACGAUGAAGGCUCAAUAUGGUCGAUGAACUACUUCUUCUUCAACAAAGCGAGGAAGAGGGUAUGCUACUUGUACCUGAGAGGCAUCAGUGUCUUGGCCGUUCCGACGAUCGAUGCUCUCAAGACACCAAUCAAAUCCAAGCGAUUCGCAGACGAGGAUGUUGAUGGCUGGCUUACGCCAGAUAUGGGCGCUUCCAAGAGGGCAAGAUACUGGCUCGGUGAUCGAGACGACGUCGAGGUCCGGGGUGAUCCUGAGCACGACCCCAUGGAGACGCCUAUGAUCUCGGUCGAAACCGACGAGGUGCCGGCACAAAUGCAGCCGCUGGAGUUGAAGAGCUCGUCCGAAGAGCAAGAGUCUCGGGCCGAUGACGAGCAGUUCGGGCCACCUGCACGCCCAGUUGUUGACGAGCACGACAAUUAUAUUCUGAGUGACGAGGAAGUGCGCAGUGCAAGAAGUAUGAGUAAAAGCACUGCUCGGGGACUAAGCGAAGAGGUAGCAGGUCCUAUGGAAGUCUAA